AUGUUGCAAGGAUUAAGGAGAAAAAUUGGGGGCUCGAUUACACCCGUGAGUGAACAUGUGGACGAGAUAGAAGGACAGAAACUUCAAGAGGACGCGACACGUUUGGAAGCGGCAGUAUGGCAAUUUAAUCGACAGGAUCGGGCCCUGCGACGACUCGAGAUGAAAAUGCGACAGAUGCUGGAUCAGAUUCAGGUUGCAGUGACCUCCAUGACUACAGUGGUAGAUAUUUUCAUGGCAAUUUGCAGCAAUGACGAUGAGAGAGAUUAUAAAGCUGCAAUGAAACAGAUUGAACAGGAAGAUAUUGAACGAAUGGAGCAAUCGAUUCGGUUUACAAUCUUAGAUCCAUUACAAGCAAGAUUGGAACGAUACGAUGAAUUGAAACAGGAAAUUCACACGUGGGAAAAACUACAAGCGGAAUCCAAAAUGCUUCGUGCUGUGACGCUAAAAAUACAUUCAUCUCGACUUGAAAAGGAUGCAAAUGGACCAUAUAUUGAAAUUGAUCUCUAUCGAGUAGCAACGUUAUUACAGGAAACAGAGACAUUGUUACUACCACGAUUAGAGGACGUUGUUCAAUCAGGGGCAAUUACUGCAGCAGCUUUAUUCAAGACAACGCGCCUUCAAACGGCAAUUUUCUUUCAGAAUGCCAACCAAUCCAUUCAGUCGAGUCUUUCACGCUCAGAACAGGAAAUUGUUGUGGAAGCUCACCAAGCUUUUCAAUUUGCUGCAGCUAUGCGGUACAACCCGCCUUGUAUCUCGUUAUCGUCAAAGCUGAGCAAACAAUUAAGCUCGGUAUCCGAUGGAUGGUCUGAAUUGGAUGGAUCGAGCUCGUCUACGGAACUUGACGGAGUUGAAGCAAUUUCCGGAAGUGAUGAGGAUGAUGAAACUCAGGCGUUAUCAAUCACCAGCGACGACUUUGAGGCUGGAAGGGUACUUCGAGCAAGCAAAUCGACCAAACUUGGUGCUGAACAACAACUAGUACGCAAACUCAUUGACUCAUCGGAGCGUGUGGCUCUGGGUGCGUAUCAGAUGGUAACACGUGACGGCGAAAAUAACAAAAGGAUGCGAGGAAAGAAUGCCGAUAGUGGGCAAGCUAGUAGGCUACAAUGCUCAACGUCCCCGUGGCCGCGAACUGCGAGCGUUAAGCCACGUACACCUCAAAGGACAAGUAUGCUUUCGUCAAUCCGCAAAACGAUAUGGGGCAAGCUUAAUCACGCGAGUGGAGAGGCAAGAAUGUUUUGGCAGAUCCCUGCGUCUGUUCCUGAUACAUCUACGGGUGCCGACCAGAGCGCAGUUGAUUCACCGAAAAAACGUAACGAACAGCUUCAUAUCAUUCCGCAAUCCCCUAAACAUUGGCUUGCUAUCGAAAAUUGCUUGUGGGAACUAGACGUGAGAGAGGCUAGGUCACCCGUAAACGUGCUCUUGCAGACCGAUUUGAUCAGCUCUGAUGCUGAUGACAUUCUGUCUAGAUUACUUCAAGAGGACGAUUCUCUGUACUCGGAAUGCCUCUCAUAUCUCUUUGCCGAAGAUCUUGCACGUCUUUCCAAGGUCAAUUUUCGGCUCCAUUCUUGCUUGAUUGAUAGCGCUCCAAUUUGGAAAAAGUGCAUUAGGUCUGGUGGUCUUUCCCCAAAUGUUCGGAGCUCCCUAUGGCUUUCCCUAUUUUACGAGUCUACACCCUGGCAGUAUACUGCAAGCACUUCGCACUACCUGUCUGCUGACAGACGUCGCAGCAUGUAUGAUCAGCUUUUAUUGAAAGUAGGAACGAAACUGGCUGCUGGAUGUAUUGCAGAGGAAUCGCCAUUGGUUGAUGACGAUGCGCAGCUUGCAAUUUGGUUCCGAGAAAUUGAUGUUGACGUCGUUCGGACAUGCCACCGGAGUAUGUAUGCAAAAGUGAAGCCGCGCACAUUCUUACCAAUACCGACUGCAGCUGUUGACAAGUUGAAUGACGACUCGGUCGAGUCUUUUUUGCAAGAGAUGGUGAAAAGUAUCGGCCGAACGGAGAUGGACGAUACUUUUGCAAGCCGUAAUUCGCAUACAAGCGCUUGCACGAAUGUUUCCAGUACGGACGUACGAAACUUGGAUCUGGAAGCAAAAAUGCGUCGUGUACUUCGUGCGUACGUCAUGUAUAAUCCACGCGUGGGUUACUGUCAAGGUAUGGGCUUUUUAGUCCGGUUUUUGGCUGAAGUCGCCCAGGACGAAGCCGAUAUUUUCUGGUUGUUUGUAGGAUUCUCGGAACCGAAGAAUGAUCAGAAUCUGUAUGAACCUGGAAUGGCAGUGCUACAACCGUAUUUGGCGAAAUUUGAGCUGCAAUUGUCGACCCACAUGCCUACGCUCUACACUCACUUUCAAGCUGAGGGUGUCGACGUUGGGACUUUUUGCACGCGCUGGUUUUUGACAUUCUUCUCGUCCUUUGAGACGUUAGCACCAGCUCUUGUGACGCGUCUGCUUGAUAUUUUUAUCAUUGACGGAUGGCGUAUCAUGUUCAGUUUUUCCCUGGUGAUCUUGGAUGAACUCCAGCAACAGCUAUUAACGUGUGACAUGGAAGGUAUUUUGCGUAUUCUUCAAUCUCCACGCAGUUAUAUGCCCGAACCUGAUCAUUCUCGCGAGCGACAACUUGUUCGACAUGCACUGGCAUUCAGUAUAACUCGAGCAAUGAUUUCGACCUGA